CCUUCCCCACACACACCAUUAUUGUUUGUACAGAAAAAAGAAAACCCAAAAACCAAAAGUACAAACCCACAAGGCUGAAGGCCUGUCCUCUCUUCCAAUGUCCCCAGCAAACCCACCGCUCUUCACCAUCUUCUGCUUCCUCUUCACUCUCUUCCCUGCCUUCCCGGGUUCACCCAUACCCGACCCGGCCCCAUCCCCAGUCCAGUCGUCAUUCCUCCCAACCCGAACUCCAUAUCCCCCUGCUGCUACAAUCCCUGCAUUCCCAGAACAAUCUGACAUAGCCGGGUGCCCGCUCCACCUCCCAAAUGAGCUCUUUCACGGCAUAAAGUCCGCAUGCUCCGCCACAAAAGGCGACUCCUUAGGGAAGCUGCAGCACAGCAGGUGCUGCCCUGUGCUUGCGGCGUGGCUUUAUGAUGCCUACUCUGCCACCGCCCUCGGCAGAGGCGGCAGAGUGGGCCCAGCAGCGGCGGGUCACAGCAACACCACUUAUGACCCGCCAUUGCUGCCAGAUGACUCAGAAACUUGCGUUCAGGACCUGGGCGAGGCGCUGAAAACCAGAGGAAUAGAACUGAUCAAGCCAAAUGAGACGUGUGAUGUGGUGUAUUGUUAUUGUGGGAUAAGAUUGCACCCUUUGAGUUGUCCUGAGGCAUUUUCAGUGAACCAAAGGGGGAAACUUGUUGGCGAUGCGAGCGUGAAGCGGUUAGAGAGAAAUUGCUUGAGCAGCAGUGGAUUUCCGGGUCUUGGUGGCUGCUCCAAAUGCUUAAAAAGCCUCUACCUUCUUAACAAGAAGAAGACUUUCAAUUCAAGCAAAUUAGAGGACAGGACCACCAAAAUGCACAACAAAGAUUGUCAGCUGAUGGGUCUCACAUGGCUACUUGCUAAGAAUCGAACGGCUUACAUCCACACAGUUACAUCUGUGUUCCGGGCCAUCAUGGUAAGCGCCGAUGGCUCCGAUCCUCAAUCGUGCACUCUCAACAGUGAUGGAAUGCCUCUAGCCGUCGAUUCUUCUGAAAUAUCUGAUAGUUCCUCAUCCAGAAUCCUUGCAGCUUCCAUCUCUCUCUGCGUCUUGUCACUUUCUUUGUUGUUUGUGCAGCUUACCCUAUGCUCCAUCCAAAGUUAGUUCAGGGCUAAGCAGGUUGCUGUUCAAAAAUUUAUGAACCGUGGUCCAUGAGAUUUGUGUAUUCUUUUGUACUCUGUAACUGUUCUACGUUUUAUGACAUGACCAAUUGCUUGCCCCAUGCAUUGGAUACUUGAUGUGCUCUGCUAAAA